AACAAAAAAAUCUGUAAUGUUAAAAGACGUAAAGCAAAAGGAACAACGUAUUCUGUGUGUGUGUAGAUAUAUAUACUUAUAUGUAAAGUAGUAGUGUAAUUUCUGGGUAGCUGUAAGGUGAGCAAGGCCAGUAAAACACUUUAUCUGAAACCUCCGCCUGCCGGGGUGGAGGUAGGGGAAGGCUGCAGAUCCCGGAGCACCGUGAGGUGAUGUCGUUUUGCCGAGACUGUGGCAGUUUUAUUUUGAAAAGCCUGAUGUUCUCAAACCAAUUAAACGACCCUUCCUGUUAAAGGUGCUGUUCUUCGGCACAAAUCCCCCGGGAAGGUGCUUUGCCAGGGCGGAGUCACUCCUAAAAAAUUGAGCAGAGUGGCACGUGCGUGGACUCCGUGUUUGUGGGGUUUGGUAUUUUUGGGGGGAGAGGUCGCAGAGCUGCUCCCGUGCGGUCUCCCUCCGCCGCUCAUUGGUCGGCUGAGCAUCUUCAGCACCGCGCAUGCUGAACAGCGACGCACAGCCACGCAGCCUUCUUCAGCGGAGGACGACGCGGUGCACGCGGCGCGGUUACUAUGACACCGUUUCUCUUAUUUUUCUUAUUUUGAUCCUUCGGCGCUCUUUCGCUCUGCACUGCGAGGAUUUGAUGCCCGGGGUCUAGAGGCUUUGAUCGGGAAUUGCCCUCCGGGUGGUGGCUGGAAGGAGGCUGGUUACCCCACCGCUGAUGCUCGGACUCCCGGCUUGUUCCACCGGGCUUCCCUCCGGUCGAGUGGCCAGGCAUGACGGACCCUAACGACCUCGCUCAGGUUACCGGCAGCAGCACCAGCAGCAUCAGCAGCAGCAUCUCAUGCACGGUUCAGCACCGCCAAACACCGCCGCCCGAUCCUCGGGUCCCCCUGCCGGUGUCCCAGCGUCCGCCGGUCCCCCGACGCCUGUUGUGACAUGACAGCUCGGGGCAGAAAGGCGAGGAUCAAAGGUUACGGGCAGGGACUGCAGCAGGAGCGCGGAUGGAUCGCAUCCUCCGGGAGAAACUGACCGCUGGGGUUUAGAGGAGAGGAUGCAAUCAUCCCUGCAUCUAAAAUUCACGUGACACUCGAUUUAUCUGCUCCCUUGUUUCUGCUUCAGAUCCUUCGGAGGUCAGCGCGCAGGGUCAGCCCCAGAGCAGCGGGCAGAUGUGCUCGCACAUCAGCAGGGCGGGUGUCUGCGUUACCGGGUACCCUCCCGGGCCUGCAGCGUGGUAGCACCCACCUUUGCCUUAUAAUCUCAUCGGAUGCACAGCCUCGCGGUGUCGGUGGAGUCCCGGCCAGCUGUGCCUGUCAGGCUCACUUAGCCGCCGCUGACCGCCACCUCCACCCGCACAGCCAUGGGUUGCAUCCAGAGCAUCGCCUGUAACAAGUCACGCAUCAAACGAGAGAGCAUCGUGGUGUGCGACCUGUCCGCCACCAUAGACCACUGCCCCACGGUCAUCGAGGAGAGCUCGCCCAUAGUGCUUCGGUACAAGACGCCCUAUUUCAAAGCGUCUGCGCGGAUUGUGAUGCCUCCAGUCCCGCGCAACGAGACCUGGGUGGUGGGCUGGAUCCAGGCGUGCACCCAUAUGGAAUUUUACAAUACCUACGGAGACGUCGGCAUGUCCAGCUGGGAGCUGCCUCAGCUCCGUGAAGGCCUGGUCCGGGCCAUCAGCGACUCAGAUGGCGUGAGCUACCCUUGGUACGGAAACACGACAGAGACAGUCACCAUAGUCGGCCCCACGUCCAAGCCGUCCCGCUUCAUCGUCAGCAUGAAUGACAAUUUUUACCCCAGCGUUACCUGGGCUGUGCCGGUCAGCGAAUCUAACACGCCUUUACUGACGAACAUCAAAAGAGACCAGAGUUUCACCACCUGGCUGGUGGCGCUCAACACCACAUCCAGGGAAAAGAUCCUGCUCCACACCAUCAAGUGGAGGAUGAGGGUUGACAUCGCAGUGGACCCGUCCCUGCCUCUGGGUUCCAGGGCUAGGCUGGUGGGCCGGGUGCACCAGGACCAGCCGCGGGUGCUGACUCGAAUGGAGCCCAUCCCUCUUAACGCCAUGGGGAGGCCCAACGCCAACGAUGCCCAGGUUCUGAUGUGGAGGCCGAGGAGAGGCCCUCCGGUUGUUGUCAUACCGCCCAAGUAGAACACCACGUGCAUCUGAUUGGCCGUUUCUGGACAUCAUAUCAUAUCAGGCCAAUUCUGCUAACAGGAUAAUCAGAUGAGACGCAAAAGCAGACAAAAAUGAUAUUUAUAAGCAGGCUGAGAAUUGCAUUACGUGCUGAUGACCUCAUCAGAGUUGCAGUGCUUUGAAUCUUGAGGGGACAACCGCCUUAAUUCCCCACCGCUGCCUUUGACGAUUAGAAAGUUUGUUAGUCCCUGCUUCUGGUGCCGUUGGGCCGCCGGGUGUGCAGGCAUGCACUCCGGCCCUGCACAACAGAGGGAAGACUCGUCUGAAGCUUGAACAUCUGCGCUGGGAUGUAACUGAUACCUGUGCUGUAGCUACUCAGGCCCUGGAAGAAGUGAUGGAGCUUAAAUACAAUUGACAAAGGUUUUCGCGGCCUUAAAGACAGCAUACUCGUGGCCUGCUCUGUUCUGUACGCUUAAGUGCUGUGUAAGAGUUUAAGCGAGGAAAGUUGUUAGAGUUUGCGUUGCGUUCACGUCCAGCGAGGACGCCGUCGCUGUGGGGUUCCUUCUUCGUCGUGGACGCAGACAAGUAGAAUCUCACCGGGAUGACGUGAGCGUGCAAACGCGUGUAUCUGUUUGUGCUUGUGUGCUUUCUAUAAUGGAGCCCGGGGUCGGGCCCAGGCGUGCUGCUGUGUCACACCGGACUGCCUCACACACUCUCACGCACACACACAAGGCCUCGUUUGUAAAGCCGAAACAUUGUAGGGUCAUUUCUUUUCUUUGUGUUUCAAAGAUUGUCACAUGCAAACACAGAGCUACCUUGUUUUUGACAUAUCAGAGGAAAAGCAGAAAUAACACUUUGGUUUCAGUCACAUACACACAGACAUGACUGAAGCCCUGCAGCAGGACUAUUUCCCCCUCCUGCAAUCGCACGUGGCCAGUUCGUCCGAGCUGCAGAGCUUCUCCCUCCCUGCCUUUUGAAAAGCCAGAGAUGCCUGUGUUGAUGACAGCCAGUCAAACAUGGUUUUAUCAUUUGAGGAACGUACUGAUGCCAAGUUCCACUCAUGUAAGACUGAGAUCACACCAAAACAUAGUUUCUUCUGAGUUAACCCUGGCAGCGUGCAGCCCUGCAGUUAGAAGGUGAUCUGCUGAAGCGCAGCAACGUUUCAGCUGUCGUCAACGUACUUGCUCAUCCAGAUUUGGGAUAUCAAACUAACGCCUGUUAAAUCUCACUCAUCUGACGGUUACAGGGUUUUUUCUUUGUCUUCAAACAGCAUUUUUUACAUCUAGAAAAAAUGUAUGACUGUUCAUCUUCAGGGUGACGAAAAAAGUUUCGUCCAUUCAAAAAUUGUCCAUUCAGCAGUUAGCAAAAUAUCCAAACACGUGACGGUGUGAGAGGAAGUGUUUGCUUCGCAGCGUCUCUGGUGGUCUGUCGUGAUGUGUGUGUCAGAAGGUUCGCGGCUGAAAAUGAAAGCCAGUAUGUGCUGUUUUCCUACGAGCUCACAGCUUCAGCGUAGUUCACUGUUAGGCUGUUGUGUUUUGGCUCGUAGCCUUCAUCGUGGUUGUAAAACAUCACACACUUGGCUGAGAUUGUGCGUUUUGUAUUUCUUUCUAUUUCACAUCUGCAUCAUUUAAUCUGUAAUAUGUUUUAUGAUGACCCCGAUGAAUGCUGCGAGCCACAAAUGCGCUCGUCUAGCCUUACAGUUACUCUGUAUACUGUCGGUGCUGCAGGAGGUUUGAUCUCUUCAGGCUUUUUCCUCUCCUCCGUGCACCUUAGAAGGAGGUGAAACAGUGCCCCAAACCAGAAACCUCUACGCUGCUUCUGAUGAUUUUCCAGGCGGUGCAUUUGCUGUAGAUCUGCUCAUCCGGCCUCAGUGGGACUGAAAAAAAAAAAGGCUUCUGCUGAACUGGUCCAGAUGAGACAGAGAUGAAGAGAGAUGGAUGAUGUAACCACAUUAUCUUGUUGAUGCUGCUCAUUACUCUUGGUGCGAACCGAACAAGCCUUCACAUACACACACACACACCUCAUAUAGAACAACAACAGAGCCAGGAUCACCAGGAAGGACUGUUCUGCCGGCUUACUGCAAACCCUAACACACACUAACCGCACAGCGAUGUGGACAAAGAGAUAGUUCAACACCCUGAUUAUUGUAGCUAUGACGCAGGGGCAGUUUGUGAGGCCAAGCCGACAAUCACGAGCAGCACUUCCGAUGGGACAACUUAGAAGGUGAUCGUUAUUGGACUGAAACUUUGCGCAGAGAACUGAUGCUUUUAUAGUGGGGAACUCUUUUCCCCCCCACAUGCCCCGAUUAAAAUAACGUGUUAAUUAAAAAUACAUUUUUACUUCACCGUGAGGGUCACACAGUCUGCCGUCAAAGUGCAUCCGGGCCUCAAGUGUCUUUUACAGUUAACAGCCGUGCCUGUGGGCUCGGAGCAGAGCGCUGCACGGCCCUUCGUGUGAAUCUGACUUGUUAUUCCUACUUGUCCUUCCGGUCGACGUUAGAUUGUCUGAAAGCGACAGGCUGACGGUGUUUUACAGUGUUUUAAUGUGGAGGACGUACAGUCCUUUCUCUCAGACUGUCUGGCUUUUGCAUGCAGUGUUUUUAAACUCAUUAAAACAAAU